AUGUUGGGUCGCAUCGCUCAUUUCACAGCAGACGCUGUUCUGCUCUCAGCAGUUCUUGCUGGUAUCAAACGCAACUCAGGAUUAGAACCUGCCACUGGAAAAAUUGAAAACGAAGAGAUCCGCAAAUAUGUCAACAAGUAUCUUGACAUUGGUGAAUGGGUGAUUGAUUCCAGUGUUGUAUUUAUGAAUAGCUCUCCGUAUUUCGAACGUAAAUAG